AGCAAGGAGAGAAGCGUCAUUUCCUCGUAAACCUCACCGGAAAAUUCCCCUUCGAUAAUCCAAACUCACGCCCAUUUCUCCCUUUUCCCGAAAACUAUAAAUACUUCACUUUCUACCCCCCUCCCUUUCUUGCCCUAGACGCCUCCAUUUUCGCCUCUCCUCCGCCGCAACCCCUCUCUCUCUCCUCCCCGCUUCCCGCCUUUCUCUCCGUUAUCUCUCCGUUAUCUCUCCCCAAAUUGUUUCCCGACGCUUCCUUUUCUCUCACAUAGGGUUUGUUUCACUCGGCGAUUCGUUGAUUUCGCCGAUCCAAGCUGUUCGAGGUCUGCAAUUAGGGUUUUUAAUUUAUUUUAUUGAUAGUGGUUUGUUUUAGUGGAGGAGUUGGUGAUGACGUGGCGGUGAUGGAAGCUGUGGAACUGGCGAUCCCGGUGGAUGUUGCGGCGCCGAAAUUGAUGGGUUCAGACGUUUUCGUUGGAGCUAGGGUUUGCUCUUCUACUGAUGGAGAAGCUCGUGAUUCCGAGACCAUUUCGCCUUUUCUUGGUUCGAAAAUUGAUGAAUGCACCUCUUUACUUGGCCACAGAGGUACUACCACUGCUUCUGGUCCACCUCCCUGGUUGAAGAAAACAGAUGCAGCUUUAUGUAGGAAUAAUUUUCUUCCCUCUAGAUCAGCAACAGAAGAUGCAUCCCUGGGGGUGGUUGACGGGAUUACAAGUGGUUCUACCAUGUCGAUGUCAGAGUAUGAAGGAAAACAGAUUCAACGGAAGGUGGGGAAGUUUCCAAGAAAUGGAAGUGGCUUAUUAAAAAAAACCCGAAUGUUGCAAUCGGACAAUUUUUUAUCUCAUGGUGAAGCUGAUGAAGCAAAGACGGAGUCAGAUAAACUUGGCUUGCAUCUAAUGAAAUGUUCAAAUGCAGUAGACAAGUCUCAGACAGUUAAACAAAAGACCAAUAUAAAUGGCAGACGUGGUGAUAGAAGGAAUUCAAAAGCUCCACUGAAGGCAAAAUUUGACCCAUUUUCACUGAAAGUUGGUUUAACAAACUUCAGUCCUGCAAGUGGAGCAAACAAUCUUUUUGGAAUAUAUGGUCUCAAGCCAGAUACUCAUGAUGUCUCAAAACUUAUGGAUGAUAUUUCUUUGGAUGAGCUCCUUGAUGGAACCUAUAAAUGUCCUAACCUUGGCAAAGAAAAGGGAAAGAAAGCAGCUAGUUUGACUGAGAAUAUACUUGAUUCGGUUAAAAAAGCUUUUUCUGUCAUCCGGCUUCCAGGGAUGCAACAGGCCAAACAACCUGAAGAGGUGGAUAUCCAGGUCAACAAGAAAAUCCCUUUGUCAUCAUCACCUUCUAACACAAGUGUAGUAAAUGGUACCGAUGUUGAUGAAAGUAGUGUUACUGCAGGCUUAUCCAAAUGUGGAGAGGAUUUGGAGUCCUCUGUAAAGGCUGAAUCUCCUGCUGACAAGAAGGAUAGUCCUCUGUAUCAACCUAGAGAUAUUUUAGAAAGGUUGGCACUUCCUCCACCCAAGGAAUUGGACUCUUUGUUGCAGGAUGCAAUGAAGCCAGUAUCCUCAAAGCUCAAUGAUUCGCGUAAUGGCAAGCCGUUAUCUCAUCGAGCUAGCUUGCCACCUUUUCCCUGGUCCCAUAAUUUUAAUGGGCACCAUAAAUCUAAUAAUGAUUCUGUAAGAAUAUCAAGCAGAAGCACUUGCCAAGGCAGAUGGGUAAGGAUAAGGAGCACUGACAGUUUUAUUGGAGGGGGCGAUGAAAAUUUUGUGGACUUGGACUCGCUCACUUAUGAUAAUAAGCUUGUUCCAGCAGGACAAUUAAUAUACCAACUUCCUGAAAUUGGAAGCAGUUCAUCUACAUUUGUCAACCAGCAACGCUUUCAGCAGAAUUCUUCUUCAGCUGCAUGUCAAACAGCAUGCCAGCCACCCUCUGCUCUGCAUUCUCCCAGAGUAUUGGCUGCUGCUCAGACACUUUGUGACAUUGCUAGCGAUAGCUCUAAUCGGAUCUCAAAUGGAAUGCUGAAAUGGUCGAAACAACCAUCACAAAAAUCCAUGAAAGCUCGCAAGUCAAGAUCGAGUGAAAAACCCGAGGAGUUCUUGACACCCAAGUCGGAGACAUUACUUGAUCAUGCAGUGAGGAGCAUAGAGUAUGGAUCAACUUCGAAAAAGCCGAAAAUCUCCAUGGUUGAGCGGAGAGAAGAAUUUAGUCACAUUCAUACAGUUAUAGGACUGAGCUCUGUAUCUGCUCCAAGAUCAAACAGAUCAUCCCCAAGCAGAUUGUCGAGGGAUUCGGUUGCAGAAGCUAGAAAUAGCUUUGUGAAACCACAAUUUAUGGCUCCCCCUCCUCCUCCUCCUCCAAGGGUUUUGGAUAGGAAUAACCACAAUCCACAGAAGUUGAGAAAAGUUUCUCCAAUGGAUUGGAACAGGACAAGAAGCUAGCAGCUUUCAUGGAGAAGAGAAGUUGCGGAUGUGUAAUACGAAGAGCUGUUGUGAAGUUGUCAGUGGCACUGACAUAUGAAACUUAGUUGAACAUGUUAGUUUGUAUAUAUUGGUGUUGAUGUGUAGCUCAGGAUUGGUGGGGUUCUCCUUGAAGUGAGGCCCAAAAUUCCCAGUGUUGUAACAGUAUAAGUUAACAGAUUUUAGAUGUAACUUCCUCAGGGGAUAUUCUUUGCCUUGUACAGAGCCAUUCCAUGAGGCAAUUGAAAUUUCAAUUCCCUCUUCCCUGGCUGUUGCAAUUGUACUAUUUCUUACUAAUCGUAAUCUCUAAUAAGCUA